ACAUGAGACCCGAUAGGAUAUUUUUUGUUCAGAUGUGCCCUUUUUUUGUUUGCUGUGAAUAAAACUAGGUCUCAUCUCAGCAAAGCAUAACUCAGUCUAAGCGAGUCUAAUACAAAUACAAAAAGAAAACAAAUAAAGAAAAUAGCCCUCCCCAACUGCCUGCACCAGCAGAAUCUUAGCUGGAUGCACCUCCCUCGUCUCUCCUCUUUCUGCUACUGCUACUACGACUACUGCUCUCUUCCACCAACCUUUCCCUUUCCCCUCCCCUCACAAGAGAAUAGAAAGGAAAAGAAAAGAAAAGAAAAGAAACAAUUAGUCCCCACAAACCUCACACCAUUAGCUCCAUUCCUUCCACUUCUUCUCUCUCUCCCCUCCCGCCGCACCUGCAAAAGCACAAUGCUCUCCUCCUCCUCCUCCUGCUUCUUCUUCUUGUCCUUGUUUCUAUCAUGUGCCUCACUUCACAUUCCUACCCGUAGGAUCCUCCAUCAACCUUUCUUUCUAGAUUCUAUCCCUCCAUCUGAGCCUCCUUCUCCUUCUCCUCCUUCCCCUCCCACUCCCAAGUAUCCUUUCUCUUCCACUUCCACCCCUCCCGAUUCCCCCUUUUUCCCUGCAUUCCCUUCCGCCCCUCCUCCAUCUCCUGCCUCUUUCGCAUCCUUCCCUGCCAACAUCUCCUCCCUUAUCCUCCCCCACACUCCCUCUCCCAAACGCAAUUCCCAAAAACUCCUCAUCCUCGCAAUCGCCGCCGUCAUUUCCGCCACCAUUGUUGCCGCCCUUAUCGUGUUUUUCUACUGCCGACGCCGUAGGCAAAAACGUAUUCUUGACGAUAACAAGACCUUAACAUCAGACAACAGCAGCAGAUUAUACCCCAAUAGCAAUAACAACCCAACAGCAAUGUUGAUGCGUCGUAAGCUCAAAACUUCCACAACCAGUUCCGAAUUCCUUUUUGGCACUUUGGUAAAUUCACGAGGCGGAAUUGACGAUGGCUCCAAUAAUUCGCGCGGCAACACUCCGUUGGAUCCUAGGAAAAUGGACUCCCCGGAGCUCCAGCCGUUGCCGCCUUUGUCUCGACAGAACACUGGUCGGAACUUUCGAGACGGUGAAGUGCAGUCGGUUACAGAAGAAGAAGAAGAAGAGUUUUAUUCGCCGAGAGGAUCGCUGGGCGGUCGAGAGAGUUCUAGUGGAACGGGAUCCGGGUCAAGAAGAGUACUUGCGGCGAUUGCUGCAAAAAGCAUUCAGUCUAGUAGUACUUGUUCGUGCUCAUCUUCGAGUUCGGGUUCACCCGCCAGGUCUCAGUCUCUUAGUAUUUCUCCGCCGGUUAGUUUGAGUCCGGGAAGAUCCGACCCGAAAUCUCCAGAAAUCGUGCAAGUUCAACCUUCUUUGUCUCCGGAGAGGAUUUUAGUAGACUCACCAAGAGUUUCGAAUGCGUCCAAUGGAAAUGCACAAUCUCCCUCGCUGACUUUAACUUCUACAUCACCGGAUAGGGUGUUUGUAAAAGAAUCUGAUGAUCAGAGGGUGCAUUCUCCUUCCUUGUCUCCGAUAUUGGUCGAGAACCCGAAUUCAUCUGUUGUCCCGGAUCGUAAUAUGGGGUCACCUUCGCUGUCUUCGGCUACAACUUCACCAAAUAGAGUUCUGAUAGAGAAGCUAGAUGCAUCUAUUAGGAAUUUUAAUGAGUUGGUUCAGAACAUGAGGACUCCGUUGAUUAUAUCUUCAGCUGCUACUAGUUCACUGGCUAAAGAAGCUCCAAUUAAUGAUCUGGAUCGAUACGAGACAAGGUCUCCGUCAGCUUGUUCAACUUCUACUUCACCUGAUAGAAACGUGGUAAACAAUCUGAGUGAAUUCCCGGGAAUGGUGAAUGAUAUGGGUCGAAAUGUAGUACGGUCUCCUUUACUGUCCUCAGCCUCUACAUCCCCAGACAGAGCUUUGAACGAGAAUGAACAGUCUCCUUUACUAUCAUCGGCUUCGUCAUCACCAGACAGAGCUUUGGAGAAAAGCCCAGAGAUGUCUACUUCACCUGAUAGAAACAUGGUAAACAAUCGGAGUGAAUUCCCGAGAAUGGUUAAUGAUAUGGGUCGAAAUGUUGUACGGUCUCCUUUACUGUCGUCAGCUUCUACAUCUCCAGGCAGAGCUUUGAACGAGAAUGAGCGGUCUCCUUUGCUAUCAUCGGCUUCGUCAUCACCAGACAGAGCUUUCGAGAAAAGCCCAGAGAUGUCUCCCUUGAUGGUUGGCGUUUCGAAUUACAAUAAGGGUUCUUUGUCAUCUUCGGCUACUUCAUCACCAGGAAGAGACUUGGAGAAAAGUCCAGAUGCAUCUCCGGUUAGAAUUAGCAGGGCUUUAGAGAAGCCAAUCUUGACUCCACCGCCGCCGCCACCACCUCCGCCACCUCCAAAGCAACGACGGCUCUGGGAAAAACCAGUUUCCUCAGUAUCUUUUGCACAACAGAUAUCGAAGCCGCCUCCUCUAAUGCCCCCUUCCAUGCCGUUUAUGACACAAAACUCAAUUAAGAUUUCUCCUGCCAAGUUGCCGACGAGUUCUGAGCCAGAGGCAGUGGAGGUAGAGGAGGCUUCGAAACCCAAGUUAAAGCCGUUACAUUGGGAUAAAGUGCGCGCCAGCUCUGAUCGUGAAAUGGUGUGGGAUCACCUCAGAUCAAGCUCAUUUAAGUUGAAUGAGGAGAUGAUUGAAACACUAUUUGUUGUAAACACACCAAAUUCUAAACCAAAGCAAACAACUCCACGCUCUGUUCUUCCAUCACCAAACCAAGAGAACAGAGUGCUGGAUCCCAAAAAGGCUCAGAACAUUGCAAUUUUGUUACGGGCACUCAAUGUGACUGUCGAGGAAGUUUGUGAAGCCCUUCUAGAAGGUAAUGCAGAUACUCUUGGCAUGGAACUUCUUGAAAGUUUAUUGAAAAUGGCUCCAACAAAGGAAGAAGAACGUAAGUUGAAGGAGUACAAAGAUGAUUCGCCAGUCAAGCUUGGUCCUGCUGAGAAAUUUUUGAAAACUGUUCUUGAUAUACCGUUUGCAUUUAAAAGGGUGGAUGCAAUGCUGUACAUAGCCAACUUUGACUCUGAAGUUGAAUACCUCAAAAAGUCUUUUGAAACUCUAGAGGCUGCUUGUGAGGAAUUGAGAAACAGUAGGAUGUUUUUGAAGCUUCUAGAGGCUGUGCUCAAGACUGGGAACCGCAUGAAUGUUGGGACAAACCGUGGUGAUGCCCAUGCCUUUAAACUUGAUACGCUCCUUAAGCUUGUUGAUGUCAAGGGUGCGGAUGGGAAGACUACACUUUUGCAUUUUGUUGUGCAAGAAAUCAUAAGAACUGAGGGUGCUCGGCUUUCGAAUGCCAACCAAAACCAAACACCAAACUCCACUUUAAAUGAAGAUGCUCGGUGUAGGAAGCUGGGUUUACAAAUUGUUUCUGGUCUCAGUUCAGAGCUCACCAAUGUGAAGAAAGCUGCUGCAAUGGACUCUGAGGUACUUAGUGGUGAUGUCUCUAAGCUUUCUAGAGGCCUUGGAAACAUCAGCGAGGUUCUAAAAUUAAAUGAAACGAUGGGGUCAGAUGACAGCAGCAAGAAACUUUCAGAAUCAAUGAACAGGUUUAUGGAAAUGGCCGAGGAGGAGAUUAUAAGGAUUCAAGCCCAUGAAAGUGUGGCUCUAUCUCUAGUGAAGGAGAUUACAGAAUACUUCCAUGGGAACUCAGCAAAGGAAGAAGCCCACCCAUUUAGAAUAUUUUUGGUGGUGAGAGAUUUCCUUACAGUUCUUGAUCGGGUAUGCAAGGAAGUUGGCAUGAUAAACGAACGAACUAUUAUUAGUUCGGCCCAUAAAUUCCCAGUUCCAGUGAAUCCAAUGAUGCCACAAGUUUUUCCAGUUCCCGUGAAUCCGAUGCUGCAACAAGCAUUUCCCGGAUUACAAAGGCCGCACUAUGGUUCUGAUGACGAGACUGCAUCACCAUAGUGUUUGCAGCUUGUAACAGGUCGAAACUUAUCGGUAGAAGCUGCCUGCCAAAAUUGGGUGGUCUGGGUUUGGAGCUUGUAUGGCCUGGCCUGCAAGGUCUUUUGUAAUUUAUUUAUUUAUUUUUUCUUAUUUUUGUAUCUGUAUAAAUCCAUGUACAAUAUUUUGGGAACGGUUUUGUUAUUAGAUAAAUAUACGAGAGGAGAUUUUCAUGGGAUAGAAGCGAGGCAGUCUGCUGAAUUAGUUGGAUGUGUUGUAAGCCUAUCAGAAACUUGGCUUAUGGAGACGCCAUUUAAAUAUAAGAGAGAAUACUAGACUAAAUUUUCUGUUAUA